AUGGACGAGGCAGAAGAGAGCAGUCUGAUGCCCGAAAGCAAAAUCACCCGGGACUGCAUCUGGGACACCCUGACGAACUGGGCAAAAGCGACGCCACACUGGCAGCACAUACGCGACAGCACCAUAGACACCAAAGACGUGCAGACGCACAUCUCCAGCGAUGUGCGGUUCAUAGACGAUGCGAAGAUCCCUGCGAUCACAGCUCCGAGAGAGGAGGAAGCCCCAAAGGCUGAAGAGCUCAGCGCAGAGAAGCCGCUGACCGUCGAAAUGCUGUCGGGCCAGGCGGUGCAGAUCAAAGUACCAGCCCCUUACACAGUUGCCCAAGUGAAGCAGCGUCUGGAGACCUGCCUUGGAAUUCCGGCCUUCCUGCAGGCGCUUAUUUCCGGUGCUGAAGAACUCCCGGACGAGGCUGUGGUGACUGGGGAUUCCGUGGCUUUUCUGCGCCGGGAGCCGCCCAUGAUUGAGGCGGAGGACUUCCUGCGUAGCAUCGUCGCCACAUCUUGGGAACGCCGGAGCAUCUUUUAUAGGUGGCACGCCUUCGACACCUACAUGCAGUUCCCGGACUCUGAGCCGGAGCUCUUGGAGUGGGUGCUGUCUCACCGUAAGAUGAAGAAUGUGCCCCUGUCAGCGGCUAGCAUGCUGGAAGCCCUCGAUGUCUGGCUAGAGGACAAUGGUAAAGCAGGAGCACAUCCCGAAGCCUUCAAGGAAGAUGUGGAGAAGGUCGCUGCAUUCAUGUGCCAUUGCUGCUACAGCCCAUCUUUGCUGGUGGUCUACAAUGGACCGUUUGCCCAUGAGUAUGACUUAGGGUAUGUUCUCUUCGUCGUCGGCAGGCUCAGAAGUGAGCCACAGACGUUCGUAGUACAAAGCUUCCUCCUAAAGUGCCGGAUCUGA